CUACAAAAUCCUCUAUCUCCUCAAACAUUUGGACGCUGGUCUCCACGUUCCAUGAAUCCGUCCGAAAUGUUGAAAUUGUUACUCUUGAGAUGCUUGAAAUCGAAGCAGAAGCCAGAGCCUGUCAUACCAACAGCUCCAAAUAUUCUGGUUCUGAAUGACCCGGAAGAUGAUGACAGAAAUUGUGAGAUUAUCCGUUUAGGUAGAGCAAUUGUGUUCAAAAAAUCAUCGCCGAACAACAAACUGACGCUUUACUUAGCGUCCCGAGACUUGGUGGUGGAAAACGGCUCCAUCGAUAGAAUCCAAGGGGUUCUGCAUGUUGAACCGGAAUACCUUGAGAACAAGAAGCUAUAUGGACAAGUCACCUUGACCUUUAGAUAUGGCAGAGAAGACGAGGAAGUCAUGGGCCUGAAGUUCUGCAACGAAGCUAUAAUGAGCCUAGCUCAAAUAUGGCCGCUACACUGCAACCACGACAGAGAGCCAAACACCCCAUUACAGGUAAACUGCUAACCUUUACCCACAAAUAGAGCAAAAUAGACUUAAACUAUUCGCAUUAGGUUCACAAAUGUGUGACAAUAAGUCAUAACAUUC